AUGGAGAGAAGGGAGACUGUCAAGAAGAACGAGGUAACAGAGAAUCUAAUGCUAGCCUCCGACGAGACUAGGGGGUCGUCAACCCUCGAGCAUUCCAUCACAGUACGCCAGGCAGUACAUCACUAUCGAUCGGCCAUUUUCUGGUGUUUGGCAGUGAGCAUGACCGUUGUAAUGGAGGGCUACGAUACUAUCUUGUUGGGGAAUCUGUGGGCGUACCCAACCUUUCAGCAGAAGUACGGGGAGUACGUGGGCGUGAGCUCCCAGACAAGAUCGGGAUACCAACUCACGCCGGCAUGGCAAGCCGGUCUGGGGAACGCUGCUGGAGUCGGCGCGUUUUUCGGUGCUCUCUUGAAUGGGAUUCUAGUCAAUCGUUUUGGUCAAAGAAACACCAUUGUUGGUGCUCUCAUGGCCCUAUCAUGCUUCAUCUUCAUUGUCUUCUUUUCCCAAAACCCACAAGUCCUUCUUACAGGGCAGCUUCUAUGUGGCAUUCCAUGGGGGAUUUUUGCAACCUCAGCACCUGCUUAUGCUAGCGAGAUGCUACCAAUGGUUUUGAGAGUAUACUUCACCAGUUGGACCAAUAUGUGCUUCAUCAUUGGCCAGUUUAUUGCUUCCGGUGUACUCCGAGUGUGCUUAAGCAGAGACGAUGAGUGGGGGUUCAGAAUACCUUUCGCCCUUCAGUGGUUCUGGCCUGUUUGGCUUAUCCCAAUUCUUAUGUUCGCACCGGAAUCGCCAUGGCAUCUGGUGCGCCAAGGGAAGCUCGAAGAAGCAGAGCGUUCCAUAAACCGUCUGCAAGCCUCAGACUGUCCCAUUAGCCAUAAACAAGCCCUCAUGGCAAUUGUUGAAACCAACAAAGCAGAGAAAGAUCUAGCAGUUGGUACUUCAUACAAGCACUGCUUUAAGGGCGUUGAGCUUCGCCGGACAGAGAUUGCUUGCAUGUGUUUCAUGGGUCAAGUGUUGUGCGGCUUGCCCAUAGCCUACAACGCAACUUAUUUUUACGAGCAGAUAGGUCUGCCUGCAAAUAUUACAUACAGUCUAAAUAUUGGAGGGUAUGGCCUUGCCCUCUUCUCGGCGUUCUGUAGCUGGUUCUUCCUCUUGCCUCGUGUGGGUAGGCGAAAGAUAUACCUCGGCGGCGCGUUCACCAUGUCCCUCCUCCUCUUUCUGAUCGCCAUCCUGACCAGUUGGAAACAACACCAUGGCGUUGCUGAGGCACAGGCGUAUCUCACCAUAGUCUGGAAAGCUGCCUUCCAGCUCUCAGCGGGGCAGCUCGGCUGGGCUAUUCCAGCAGAGGUCGGAAGCACGAGGCUGCGACAGAAGACGAUUGUUUUGGCACGAAACUCCUACUACCUGGUCCACACAGUAGGCACUUCCGUGCAGCCCUAUUUUCUCAACCCUCGCGCGCUAGAUCUCGGGGCACGUGCUGCGUUUGUUUGGGCCACCACGGCGCUCCUGUUCUUCACCUGGGCCUUCUUCCGUCUCCCUGAAACAAAGAGCUUGACUUAUGAGGAACUGAAUGAAUUGUUUGCGCAACGUGUUCCGUCAAGGGAGUUUGCCAAAACAGAAGCUGGCAUCGUCAAACAUCGGGAGUCUGAGCGCCUAGCUUCCGUCGCGACAGGGACUAGUCAAAACUCUGCAGUUUGA